CAUACUUCCAUGUCCUCUGUUUCUUCUUCCUUGCCAGGCCUGACUCYCAUGGAUUUGAAGAACAGCUCUGUGGUGACAGAAUUCAUCCUGUUGGGAAUCCCACACACGGAGGGGCUGGAGACUAYACUUUUUGUCCUCUUCUUGCCCUUCUAUGUAUGCACCCUGCUGGGAAAUAUGUCUAUCCUGGUGGUUGUCAUCUCUUCCACUCGCCUUCACACACCCAUGUACUUCUUCUUGGGGAACUUGUCUGUGUUUGACAUGGGUUUCUCUUCUGUGACCUGCCCCAAAAUGCUUUUCUACCUUAUGGGACUGAGCCGGCUCAUCUCCUACCAAGACUGUGUCUCCCAGCUCUUCUUCUUCCACUUCCUCGGAAGCAUUGAGUGUUUCUUGUAUACUGUGAUGGCCUAUGACCGUUUUGCUGCCAUCUGUUACCCUCUUCAGUACACAGUAAUCAUGAACUCCAGAAUCUGUGUGRCCCUGGCUGUGGGCACAUGGCUUUUAGGGUGCAUUCAUUCCAGCAUCUUGACUUCCCUCACCUUCACCUUGCCAUACUGUGGUCCCAAUGAAGUGGAUCAUUUCUUCUGUGAUAUCCGAGCACUCUUGCCCUUGGCCUGUGCUGAUACWUCCUUAGCACAGAGGGUAAGCUUCACCAACGUUGGCCUAGUGUCUCUCAUCUGCUUUCUCUUAAUCCUCGUGUCCUACACUCGAAUCACGGUCUCCAUCUUGAGUAUUCAKACAACUGAGGGUCGCCGCCGUGCCUUCUCCACCUGCAGUGCUCACCUCAUUGCUAUCCUCUGUGCCUAUGGGCCCAUUAUCACUGUCUACCUACAGCCCACACCCAACCCCAUGCUGGGAACUGUGGUUCAAAUUCUGAUGAAUGUGGUAGGACCAAUGCUGAACCCUUUGAUCUAUACCUUAAGGAAUAAGGAAGUAAAGACAGCCCUGAAAAAAAUAUUGCACAGGAYAGGACACAUUCCUGAGAGUUAGUAAGA